AUGCCAUCAGCAACCCAUUCAUUUGGCGAUGUUGAAUACUGGAAUAACCGCUUUUCUCAAGAAGAACAAUUUGACUGGUUAGCGGACUUUGCUGUCCUUGAGCCCUGGCUGAGGAAAGCAAUUGCCGAGAGAUCUGGUCAUAAUGAGAAGCCCCAAAUAUUGCACAUAGGAUGUGGAUCUUCAGCUCUGUCAAUACAACUCAGGAAGCUGGUCGAAUCACCAAAGCAAAUUCAUAAUGUGGACUACUCGUCUGUGGUCAUAGACCGGAAUCGACAGCGCGAAAUCGAAUUGCUGGACUCUUCGCAGGCUACAUCUGAACCUACUUGUUGGUCAACACUGAACCUGUUGUCAGCAUCACAGAUCUUGGAUUAUGGAGCUUUUGGGAAGAAAUUCGAUGCGAUCAUUGACAAGUCCACCUCUGACGCUAUAUCCUGCGCCGAGGAUGUAACAAUCGACCUACCAUAUCAGAUAAGCCGAUUCCACACAAGUCAGCCUAUACUCCCAACGACGACAAGGACUGUGUUCCCUCUGGAUUUAUUGGCCAAUCAUCUUGCUUACCUUGCAGAUCCUGGUUGUCAAUGGAUUGUAUUGAGUUAUUCAUCUUCACGCUUCUCACAUUGGAAUGACAGAGUCCAGACAGAAGGACUUCCACACCCGCUCGAGCUCUGGAAUCUAGAAAGGCAUGAGAAGAUCGAGCAGCCACCAGAUCCUAACGACACUGUUCACAGACCGCCUGUCAUGCACCAUUUGUAUAUAUUGCGCCGUACGGACGUGCAGCUCAACCAGGUGAUUUAG